AUGGAUCGUUUGAAAGAGGUAAAUAGAGGGUAUUAUGACAAGUUGGCAGCCCUAGAUCCUAAGAUCUCUGAAAGUGUUGCUCCUCAGGGUAGUGCUCCUGCACCUACUCCUCAUGGUAGUGCCCCUGCUCCUACUCCUGCUGAAACUUUCACUGCUCCUUCUGCCACUAUUAGCCAAAGAGAAAGGGGAAGAGGAAGGGGACGUGGCAGAGGAGGAUCCAGAUCUGGAAAGGCUAGAUCUGCUACUCGUGCUGCUGUUGUUUCUCAGCUAGCACCUGCACCACCUGCAUCAGCUAUAACAAGUUUCACAAUUCCACCACUGCCUGCACCAGCUCCAAGAAGUUCCACAGCUCCACCACUACCUCUUCCAGCAGCUCCACCACAACCUGCACCAACUCCAACAAGGUCCACAGCUCCACCACUGCCUAAGACAAAAAAUUUUGGUGUAAGGCGCAGUGGAAGACUUAAGAUAGGUGUGAGGAAGGCAAAAAUUGGACCAAGUGAAACCAUAGACCUCACAGCAGAUUAG